AUGAAAUUUCAAACAGUCUAUAAAAGAUGGUCGUGCUUCCGUCGGGAUUUAAUAGACAUGGGGAUGGGUGGUGUAUCUGCCAUGUUUGCCACACUUUUCACCAACCCCAUAGAAGUGGUUAAAACUAGAUUGCAGUUACAAGGAGAGCUUAAAGCUAAGGGACAGCACGCAGUGUUCUACAAGAAUGUGCCCCAUGGUAUAUUUGUCAUUGCCCGCACUGAAGGUCUUGCUGCCUUGCAGAAUGGACUACCGGCCAUGCUGGGUUUUCAGUUCUUUUUAAAUGUUUUCAGAUUAGGUUCCUACCGGAUCUCCGAACGCCGCGGCUUUCUCUUUGACCAGGAAGGCCGCAUGUCCUUGUACAGGGGCGCUGUAGUAGCCGGGAUAGGUGGAGCCCUAGGCUCUAUAGCCGGUACCCCUUUCUACCUGGUGAAGACCAGGCUCCAGUCACGCGGCGCCAAGGCUAUAGCUGUUGGACAUCAACAUGGCCAUUCUGGGACGUUCAAUGCGUUGGCAGAUAUCUACUCAAAAGAAGGGAUUAAGGGUUUAUUUCGCGGUGUGCAUCCUCAAAUACCACGUGGAGCGGCUGGCUCUGCCUCUCAGAUCCUAAGCUUCACGUACGCAAAGCAGUGGUUGCUGGAAAAGAACUGGUUCGUGAACAGCCCCCUGAUGUUGUCCUUCUUUGGCGCCAACCUUGGAGGUGUAGUCAUGACCUUUUGUUUAAACCCCUUCGAUGUAAUAGCAACGAGACUCUCAAACCAACCGGUGGACGCACAAAACCGAGGCAAACUCUACCACGGUAUGUUAGACUGUUUUGUCAAAAUGCUGAGACAGGAAGGUGCAAAGUCCUUUUAUAAAGGGGUUCAAGCCAACUAUUUACGUCUUGGACCCCACACCGUUAUGCUCCUAGUCUGUUGGGACCAACUCAAGAUUAUAGAAGAAUAUCUUAGAAGAUGA